AAUCGGAUUGGUUGGUAGACGCUGAGCGUCACUUCUAUAUUUCAGCUGCGUCGACUACGUCAUCGGUCGAUAUUUUGUUGCCAUAUGGCUGUAGAUUUGGGUGAUCUACACUAAAUUCUUACCCAAGAAUGGUGGUAGUUGACGAACAAUUGGUGGCCAACACUCCAGCCCACUGGGCAGCCAUAGGAGGGAUCGUCCUCGGGGUGGUGGUCGUUAUCGGUACACUUUCCGUUUGUACUUACAAGCUAGUUAAGAAACGAUCCUCACCGGGAAGUCCAGGACGUCCCUCAAGCCUUUCGGAUGUCUUUAGGCGCAAGGUUAAGGAUUCUGCUGCAUCUAAAGCAGAAAAGGGAUUCCUUAAACGUAGCCCAACGACAAACCUACCAAGGAGUAAGACGCCGGAUGUGAGGUCUCCGGCAACGUCACCUCAAAAUCCUCUAGCUCCCUCGAGAAACGUUGUCAGAAUGAAGAAAGAUUAUGAUGACAAAGAUGAUAAAAACAAAUUGUCACCCACUGAAAAGGACGAAAGGUACAGAGAAAAAGAAGAAGACGAUUUGAAAAAGACAACUCUUGGCGCCAUUUCUUUCGUUGUCGAAUAUGAUAAGUGUAAAACAGCCAUCGUAGUGAAUGUACAAGGCGCCAAGGACUUAGCUCUUCCUGAAAAUAAAUCCGGAGAUGCUUCCGGUCCAGUAACCUGCGACCCCUACAUAAAGCUACAACUGUUACCCGAAAAGAAACACAAAGUCAAGACCCGCGUUUUACGUAAGACUCAUAAUCCUACGUAUGACGAGAUAUUUUCUUUCUAUGGCAUUGAGGAAGCUCAAAUACCGAAGACAAUUCUCCACUUUGUAGUUCUAAGCUUUGACCGUUAUUCUCGAGACCACAUCAUUGGAGAAGUUCUGUACCCGUUGGCAUCAGUUGACCUAAGCGAAAAGGAAGUUGAAGUUUGCAAGGAAGUUGUUCCGAGGCAAUUAAAGCUGCAGAGCGAUGGAUAUAGAGGAGAAAUGUUGGUAUCUUUAUGCUACCAACCAGCUGCUAAUCGUCUUACUGUUGUUGUUCUAAAGGCGAGGGAUCUACCAAAGAUGGAUAUAACUGGGUUAUCUGAUCCAUAUGUGAAGAUCUAUCUGCUUUAUAACGGUCAAAGAAUUGCUAAAAAGAAGACUCACGUGAAGAAAAGAACUUUGAAUCCUGUUUUUAAUGAAUCGUUUCUCUUCGAUGUUCCCACGAAUGAAGGACUGCAGAACAUCUCACUUGAAUUUAGCAUGUUGGACUGGGACAGAAUGACGAAGAACGAUGUAAUUGGUAAGUUGGAACUGGGCGGUCAUAUUGAUGGAGAAUCUGAAUCGAGACAUUGGAAUGAGGUUAUCAAUUGCCCCAGAAAACAAAUUGCUGAAUGGCAUAAGCUAAAAGAAUAG